AUGGGCCUUGUAAAGCUUCUGCUCAAAGUGAUCCUCAUUCCAAUCGUUGUCCUUAUUGUCAUUGCUGUUGCUAUCGUCCUUCUCAUCAAAAUGCGUCGUGAUCGCAAAAAGAAAGAAAGGGAACUGGAGAAAUCUUUCCAACCGCCCCCUAUACAGCAAUGGGUACCGUACACCCCGGUCCAGCAACCAGCUCCAGCAUAUGCCAAAACACCAAGGGCGAUGGAGCAAGGGAUUGGACAGGGGCAGCCUUAG